CUUCGCUGUGGUAUGGUUGUCAUUUCGUCCGUCUAUCGUAUAACCUGAUAGAUGAAUGAAGAAUAAUUAACAUCACUGCAGCGAAGUCAACGCGUCUUUAACUACUUCGAAAACGACGUUCAACUAAACGUUAACGACCGAUUAAAUUGUUGCCGUUUCGCACUCAGCCACAACACCGCCAUGAUCGAUGUUGGAAACAAAGAUGGCGGAAUAAUACGGUGAUCGUAACCGAACGCGUUCAGUAGUUAUGUGCGGUGGUGGGCGGAGGCUGCAGCAGUGUCGCGGCGCCUGAGCGAGGGGGAGCGUGAUGGCUGUGCGGCCGGGGUGAUGCCGCCGCGGCCAGCGGCCGGCCGCGCGGCUAUGGCGGCAGAAGAACAACGCCCGCCACUAGCUCUGUUUACCGCCGUCUACGACUACAUAGCGCAGGGGGAGGAUGAGCUGUCUCUGCGUCGCGGGGAGAUCGUCGAGGUGCUGUCCAAGGACGCGACCAUCUCGGGCGACGAGGGCUGGUGGACGGGCAAGAUUGGCGACCGGGUGGGCAUCUUCCCCGCGGUUUACGUGACGGAGGAGGACCCACUGGCGGUGUCGUCAGUGAUCGGCGACGUGGAUCCGCCGCGCGUCUCCUUCUCGGAGCUGAAGCUCGAGGAGGUGAUCGGCGUGGGCGGCUUCGGCAAGGUGUACCGCGGCUACUGGAACCAGGAGGUCGUGGCAGUAAAGGCGGCACGCCAGGACGCCAACGAAGACAUCGAAGUGAUCAAAGAGAGUGUGCUGCAGGAAGCAAAACUAUUUUGGAUGUUGCAACAUGAAAAUAUAGUGUCAUUGAAAGGUGUUUGUUUGGAGGAGCCAAAUUUGUGUUUGGUGAUGGAAUACGCGCGCGGUGGUCCACUGAACAGAGUAUUGUCGGGUCGCAAGAUCCGACCCGGCAUCCUGGUGGACUGGGCGAUACAGGUGGCCCGCGGUAUGGCCUACCUGCAUGUUGAUGCACCCAUCUCUCUCAUACAUCGAGACCUCAAGAGCUCCAACGUGUUGCUGAGCGAGGCUAUCGUGGCAGACGACACGCUGGAGGACAAGACGCUAAAAAUAACAGACUUUGGACUCGCUCGCGAAGUCUACAAGACCACGAGAAUGUCGGCGGCGGGAACCUACGCUUGGAUGCCACCCGAGGUGAUAAAGAACUCGACAUUUUCGCACGCGUCUGACGUAUGGUCUUAUGGCGUGCUGCUCUGGGAACUGUUGACGGGAGAGACGCCCUACAAGGGCAUCGACGCGCUGGCGGUUGCUUACGGCGUCGCCGUCAACAAGCUCACCCUGCCAAUACCCAGCACCUGCCCGGAGCCCUGGAGGGUACUAAUGGAAGCAUGUUGGCACUCGAACCCCCGCGAAAGGCCGCUGUUCCCGGAGAUCCUGGAGCAGCUGGAGCACAUCCGGCAGUCGGAGUUCACGCGCGCGCCGCACGAGUCCUUCCACACCAUGCAGGAUGGCUGGCGGCUGGAGAUAGAGGAGGUGCUCCGCGACUUGCGCAGGAAGGAGAAGGAGCUGCGAUGUCGUGAGGAGGAACUGACCCGUGCUCAGCUGCAGCAGCGGCUCCUGGAACAGAACCUGGCGCAGAAGGAGCGCGAGCUGGAGAUGCGGGAGAUCAACCUGGCGGCUCGCGAGCUGCAUAUACUCAUCUUUGCCAGCAACAUGUCUCACACGCAGCCACCACAGCCCAACAAGCGUAAGGGCAAAUUCAGUAAGAUAAAGCUGCUGAAGAAGGACACGAUCUCCUCGCCGUUGGAUUUCCGGCACACGCUGACUGUGCGACCCUCAGAGGAUGAGAGCAGCAAGCAGCUGGUCGCAGUCGCCAAGGACACGCCGCCCGGCUCGCCCGCCAUCGUGCGCGCCAUCGCUUUACCGGCAGACGGCGUGAAGGGCAAGACGUGGGGUCCCUCUACCGGGCACCAGCGGGCGCGCGCCCACCUGCCCCUACCCGCCCUGCGCCCACGCGCCCAGCGCCCCAGCUGCUCCGCCCCCCAUCUGCCGCCGCACGCCCCCCACGCCCACCUCGCGCCCCCCGCGCCCCCUGCGCGCCGCACGCACCCAGACUUCAGUCCUGACGACUGGGGCCCAGAGUUUCCUUUAAGCACAUCUUCCAGAUAUACAAUACCGAUGCCAACGCUAUAUAGCACUGAAGGCUACAAAUACAAGAAGCCGAGUAUAAUAGAACUAGUGCUUUACAACAUGGCGGCGCUGCUCGGAGGUGUCGCCGCCGGGUAUGAUGUGCGCGUCUCCAACGUCAGCCCGCUACAUCCCACACUGCAGCCGCACAGGGCGGAAAUAGAACCUGAACCGUUGGCUUCAUCGCUGUACGAAGGCUACGGGUUCGCCCACAACACAUACCACGGCCCCACGCGGCACCUGCGAGCACCGCUCAAUGCCAUCACCGGGUCUCCUUUAUCUAGUCUACAAGUGGAGGAGCAGAAGCCGCUGCGCUUCACAGACUCCCCCACGCACUACGCGCACGCCUCCUCCUCCUCCGGCUGCGGGCUCUCGGCACCUCCGCUCUCCGGCACCUCCGGCCUCGGCACCGCGUACACGGGAACCUCGGGCCUCGGCACCGCCUACACCGGCACCUCGGGCCUCGGCACCGCCUACACCGGCACCCAGCCGCCCACGCCCUCGCCCCGGAGGACCUCCUCCUCCACCUCCGACCACAUCGCUGACCUCUACCACAACUAUAGAGAAAAUUUUCAACCUUCCCCCUCGCACGAUCGAAUGCAGGACUACUACUACAGAACUGAACCAUACUCCUACGAGAGAACGGCAGAUUACGUCGUGAAACAUCCUUACUACGGCUACGACGAGUGCUCCUUCGAGUACCGAGAGCCGACACCCGACUACAGACCCUCGGCCCCCUUCCUCUCGCACAGGAGGACGCCCUCCAACUCCUCCGCUACAAACUCUCACGCGGAGGAGUUCUCCCCCUCCCGGCAGCUGCGGAUGGAGAAGUACCAGAAGGACAGACGAGAGGAAUACAGACCUCCCAAAACCGAGUAUCCGAGGAAAUCCAGCGAUUACUCGCUACCCAGGGACUACUAUAGACAAGAAUCUCAGGAGAGAACGGAACCGGAGCGGCCGGGGAACCUGGGCCUGGAGCUGGCACCGACUAAACUGAGAUCCAGUUUGAAGAAGUACAAGAAGUCCAGCGCGUCGGGGGGCAGUUCCGGGGGGGGCACGCCCACCAACCCCACGCCCCCCGACAGCCUCACCAGCGAGACUGACAGCUCGUACGUCUCCGCCCGAGACGCCUCCAGCGGCUCGCAGUCCCGCGUGCGCUUCAGCCCGGAGACCAUGGAGGGUGUCCUCGAGCGCCGCCCGUCGCGCAACUCGUAGCGAAGGCUGAAGAAGUUCGACGACUACCUCGUCUGAUGGACCUCCACCGGGAGCUGAUGGUAGUGCGUGGAACCGAGUCACAAGGAACUGAAUGUUGGCACCUGACAGCCAGACUAGUGAUGGACGAAUUUAGUUACUGAGUGUUACAGUGUUGUGUUGAAGCUCUGUGAUGUUUGCACCUAUGUUCUUUAACAGGUAUUUUAUCUGACCAGUGUUUCUUAACAUGGCAACAUAAGAUUCAAAUGCUCUAGUAAUUCUGUUCUGCGAAAAAAAUCCUUC